AUGCCUAACUCCGGCCGAAAAACGACUAAUGAACAACUCACUACCUGCAUCCACCUCACGAAUUCCGUCUCCUCACUAUGCUACGAGCACCUCAGCACCACGCUGCGAAUCCCCGCGGGAUUCCAGAGCCUCGUCGACGAUCUCGGUGGGGUCCUGGGGGUGCUUGGCGUGGUGAAUCUACGGGAGGUUGGGGCGGCGCAGUUUGGAUGUGCCAUUGUGGAAUGUGUAAAGGAAAUGAUGUGGUUGAGGGAGAAGUUGCGGGAGAGGAGGAGGAGAAGGUGGGGAGGUAAUGAGGUUACCGAGUAUAGAAGAAGGGUUGGGGGGUUGAGGGUACUAUGGGAGACGGCGAUGGCGGGGAUGGAUCAAUUGUCAAUGUCGCCGGCAGUCAUUGAUGCGCAUAUAGCGGAGAGGUUGGGCGAGAAGAGGCCGUUGUCUAUUGAUUUGAAUCAUGAGCUUGAGGUGCUUGCUCGAGGAAAACGUGAAAAGGUGCUCAAUUGGCUAUAUCCAGAAGCUUAUGACACACGACACCGAGAAAUCCGGAGUCGAAGGGACGAUAAUAUUGGGAAGUGGUUCUUCGAAACUCACGAGGUUAAAGUAUGGGUUGAUCAUGCGGGGGCUAGUUUGCUGUGGGGUCGUAGUGUUGCUGGUGCUGGAAAGACCUUCAUGAGCUCUCUUAUAAUCGACAAAAUCAAGGACCACGCACCACAAGGAAGCACCUAUUCGCAAAGAUUAUUCUUGCUGGUAGAUCUGCACGUUGGAUAUCUUUGCCAGCAGCCAACUUUACGAAAAGUCUUUAUAGAGCUUGAGAAUCUCAAACCAUACACCAAUAGCAGAAAGGCUGUCCUCUCUCAAACAUACAGCAUGGUUUUAACCUUCCUUCAAAGCCAACCACAAAGCCACGUAAAAUUGGCAAUCGAAACUCUUUCAUGGCUAGUCAAAGCCCAGCGAACAUUAACCGUCGAAGAACUCAAACAGGCUAUAUCAGUCAAACUAGGGAAUCACGAAAUAGAUGAAUCCGACAUGCCAGAUAAAGAAACCCUCGUCAAUGCCUGUGCCGGCCUGGUUGUAAUCGAUGGUGACACCGUUAGGCUAUCACACCAAUCUGUGCAGGAGUAUCUUGUGACGAACGCCGUUAUUCCCCAAAACGCAGAUGAGAAUAUUGCAAUGUCGUGCAUUACAUUUCUCUCAUUCAAUGAGUUUUCUCGAGGAGCCUGCGGGCGUGAGGUAUCACUUGAAGUUCGACGCCGGUUGUAUCCUUUCAUGGACUACGCAGCCAAAAACUUAGGCUUUCACCUUCAGUCCUGCAACGAAGAUCUCACAAGAGAUGCUCUCUUCAAACUCUUCAUGCAUCCAGGAAGCCUCUCGUCGUACUUACAGGCUCUAAAGGCCCAAAAGCUGUGUUCAAAAAACUUAGGGUACCACACUCGGUAUAUAAAACGAACGCCUUUGCACGUUGCCGCAGCUCUGGGGCACUGUUCCUUAGUAAAAUUGCUAUUAGAAAAUGGCGCCGGAGACCUGGAUAUAAAGGUUAUAGGCUCCAAUAUCGGCGAUAAAAGCGCAAUCCACUGUGCUACCAAUGCCGGCCAUGCAUCGAUAGUUAAGGUACUGCUCCAGAAAGGGAUAAAGGUCUCGGAUACUAUAGAUGGCGAAAAGGCGCUACUUACAGCAGCAUCCGGCGGCUGGAGUGCAACUGUAAAGCUGCUACUCGAGGAAGGCGCUGAUAUCUCAGAUGUUGGAUAUGACGGGGAUACAGCGCUACAUAGAGCAGCAUCAGGCGGGCAUGAGCAAGUCGUUCGACUGCUCCUUGAUAAGGGCUUGAGUCCGGCUCUCAAGGCCCGGGAUGGAAUGACAGCAUUACAUAGGGCAGCUUUGUCAGGACAUGGUUCAGUAGUUGAGCUCCUACUAGAUCGGGGUGCUAACAUCUUGAGCACUGGAGAGAGUCGAGAAACUGCGCUCCAUCAAGCCGCAUCUGGGGGCCACGAAGAUGUUGUUAAAAUACUGCUUCAAGGAGGAGCUAAUAUUUCCGCAACAAAAACGUAUGGAGAAACCGCGCUGCAUAGCGCAGCAUCAGGAGGACAUGAGCAGGUAGUACGAUUACUACUUCGAAACGGCGCCGAUGUAGGAGCAUCGGCAGUAAAGAAUGGCGGAGAGACUGCCCUCCACCAAGCAGCAUCUGAAGGAUUCAGAAGCGUAGUCAAAAUCUUACUCGAGUACGGUGCGGAUGUUGGGGUUCAAACUAGAUAUGGUGUUAGUGUUCUGCAAAGAGCAGCACAUGGAGGGCAUACAUCUGUAGUCCGCUUCCUUCUCAAUAACGGUGCCGAUGUGUCGGUGACGACGAAGUACGGAGUUACGGCGCUACACCGGGCAGCAUCUGCGGGACAUGAAUCGACAGUCCAGCUACUCCUUGAGCGGGGCGCUGUUCUCUCUGCUUUCGAUGCCGAUGGAGAUACUGCACUUCAUGGAGCAGCAGCUGCUGGACACUACCAUGUCGUAAAGUUACUCAUUGAACGCGGUGCUAAAGUCGAUGAAGUCACAAAGAAUAGCGGCGAAACGGCAUUACAUAAAGCUGCUUUCGGGGGGUAUCGAAUAAUAGUGGAUUUUCUGCUUCAAAACGGCGCCAAUCGUUUGGCCUUGUCGAAGAAUGGAACGAUGCCAUUGCACAAGGCUGCAUCAUCCGGGCACGGGUCGGUUGCUCGAGCACUUCUCAAAGAUCUCGCGGACUGUCAGGUGUCGGCAGCAAAGCAUGACGGCGAAACUCCAUUACACUGCGCUGCCUUAGGAGGUUAUGAGGCGAUGGUAACCCUGCUACUCGAAAGUGGUGCGAAUAUUUCGAAGAAGAAUGGUGAUGGAGAAACGGCGCUGCAUAUUGCAGCGUAUGCUGGGCACGCUGCGGUAGCUCUUAUUCUAAUCGACCGCGGUGCCAAAGCCUCGGACAGAAACCGUAGGCGAGAAACCGCUACUGAUAGAGCAAGAGUUGGGAGUCAGAGACAAAUGGUCACUCUCUUAUUGGAAAGCGAGUUAUUAGAAAAAUGUCUUGUGAACCCUCGAAUAUCCGCACUGUUUGCAGAACAUAGAUCAGAAUACUCGCGAAAAAGCAUGUAA